CCCAAAAAUGACAUCUCGGUUGCGGUGGAGCAAGGGAACGACCGAGACCCUGAGGAAAGAAAGAAGUCCGAGCGAGAUCUCAUCCUCAGGAUCUUAGCCCCCAAAAAGCAAAAGACGCAGCAGAAAGACGCAGACGAUUACGCACGGCUUCCCUGUGGAUGCUCCUGCUUCAGCGCGGACUUUUUAUCGUCUCUUUGGAAAUGUAGUUGCCUUCUUGAGAGAAAAUCUACCAGAGGACAGUUGCUGUGACUAGUUGAUGAGAGGAGCUGCGCCUCCGUUUCCUGUGUUCCGGCGCUGCAGCAGCUGGGCUGGAGAAGCCCCGCAGCGCUGACCGAAGAGCGGUCCUGCUUCCCCGCUGCAAACCGCGUCCAGUCCGCCGCCAGUCCUCCGCCAAAGUCGGGGGGAGAAGAAGACGACAAUGUGCGACCUGAUGCCAGCCUCCAAGCCCGCGGAGAAAAUCGGCAAAAUGAAAAAGUUGAGGAGAACUUUGUCCGAGAGUUUCAGGAGCAUUGCUUUCAAGAAAGAAGACAGCGGCUUUGAUGAGAUAUGUGUCACAAAGAUGUCCACACGCAGCUGCCAGGGAACAGACUCGGUCAUCAAGCCCCUGGACACCAUCCCUGAGGACAAGAAGGUGAGAGUUCAGCGCACGCAGAGCGGCUUCGACCCGUUCGAGAAGCCUGCCAGUCAGGUGAAGAGGGUCCACUCCGAGAACAAUGCCUGCAUCAGCGCCAAGAGUUCCUCUAGCGGCAAGGAGUCCCCCAAACUGCGCCGACACUCCAGCCCCAGUUCUCCCACAAGCCCCAAGUUUGGGAAGGCAGAUUCCUAUGAAAAGCUGGAGAAGCUGGGAGAGGGAUCAUAUGCUACAGUGUACAAGGGGAAGAGCAAGGUGAACGGCAAACUGGUGGCUCUGAAGGUGAUUCGUCUACAAGAGGAGGAGGGAACGCCCUUCACAGCCAUAAGAGAAGCGUCUCUUCUGAAAGGCCUGAAGCAUUCGAACAUCGUGCUCCUCCAUGACAUCAUCCACACCAAGGAAACCCUGACUCUGGUCUUUGAAUAUGUGCACACAGACCUGUGUCAGUACAUGGACAAACACCCUGGGGGCCUCCAUCCAGACAAUGUGAAGCUGUUCCUGUUCCAGUUACUCAGAGGCCUGUCCUACAUUCACCAGAGGUACAUCCUUCACCGCGACCUGAAACCACAGAACCUGCUCAUCGGCGACACCGGAGAGCUCAAGCUCGCUGACUUUGGCCUGGCCAGAGCCAAGUCGGUCCCCAGCCACACGUACUCCAACGAGGUUGUGACCCUGUGGUACCGGCCUCCAGAUGUCCUGCUGGGAUCCACAGACUACUCCACCUGCCUGGACAUGUGGGGAGUGGGCUGCAUUUUCAUUGAGAUGAUCCAAGGAGUGGCUGCCUUUCCGGGGAUGAAGGACAUCCAGGACCAGCUGGAAAGGAUAUUCUUGGUCCUUGGCACUCCAUCUGAGGACACCUGGCCAAGUGUUUCCUCCUUGCCUCACUUCAAACCAGAUCGCUUUACAGUGUACAGUGCUAAGAAGCUCAGACAAGCGUGGAAUAAGUUGGGUUACGUGGACCAUGCUGAGGAGUUGGCCUCCAGAUUCCUCCAGUGCUUCCCAAAGAACCGCCUGUCAGCCCAGGCAGCGUUGAACCAGGAAUACUUCAGUAACCUUCCACCACGGCUCUGGGAGCUGCAGGACAUGUCUUCUAUCUUCACUGUACCAAAUGUCAAGCUGCAGACAGAGAGCGGGGACAGCAUACAGGUGUGUGCACGGAGGAACAGUCAUGGAAAAGCUUCCUCUGGCAGCAAACACUGACCUGAGGCAGUAUCCUGCACAUGACUGCCUGACAGGUUGCCGGUUUAAAAAAACCUGAAGAUGCUGAGAUUGAGGAUCCAGAUGAAUGAAAGAGCCCCAGUUCUCUUUAUUUAUUACCUUCACAAUGUUUAUGUGUGUGUUUGUAUGUGUGUGUGUGUGUGAGAGAAAGAAAGAGACACUGAGAGAGAAAGAAAAUUGAGAAGAUAUGAAUGCAUUAUUGCAUUAUGAAGGGUACGUAAGAUUUCAGUUUAUUAUUUGCAAAUUUUGUUUACUUUUUAUAAGGCUCCAAUAACUCAUAUAUCAUUGUCACAGUAUAAGCGAAAGGUCUUUACUAUUGGUACAUAUUGUGUUUUGUGUUUGUAACUAGCCUCCUAUUUAAGAAUGUAUAUUUGUACGUAUGAUAUACUCAUCUAGAAACUAUACAAUGGACAGUUUUAAUAUUGUUUCAUCUCCUCACCAUUAAACUGCUCUGCCAGGACACAUAACACGACAAACACAUAUCAGAGACAUGCAUACGAGCAAAAAUGCAUCUUGGAAAUAAGAUGCAUAGAUUGAAAGACAAAUUGGUUAGUUUUCCGUUUUCUAAUCUAAUUUCUAGUGAGUGGAAAAGCUACGGUUCUAAUAAUAGUGGCGGGCUCUCAGGGGGUGGAACACAUCCUCUGGCAGCCAUAUUGGAGGUCCAUGGUGCUUUGGUACCUGAAAGCAGCUGUAAAUGUAUAACUUGGAUGACCCAGCAGUUGAGACGUGGGUGAUUUGCAUCUGCUUUAGUCAGAUCAUCAUUUUAGCAUCACUCAGAUUUAAACUUUGUAUCUGUCCCAAGCUGAGUGGCUGAAGGUCUCAUAUCUGGACAUUUGAGUGAAUGCAUUUUUACAGUUUUCACUAUCGUUCUCAUCAGUUUUUAAAAUGCUGAGAUUGAGAUACUGCACUAAAAACUGGGUGCGGUAAGUAGACAGGUCAAAUUUAAGUUAAGUUACAGUUCCUUACAAUGGACAAUUUAGUGAAUAUGGAUUUAUUAUUUCUGAAUCUGAUUUGAUACUGGUACUAAAAUGGUAUCUCAAUCGAUCAGAAUCAGAGGACACAAGUGAGAACUUGCUUGUAGGAAAAAACAUUAGUAAUACAAUUUGUCCUUUAAAUUUCCUAUGGACCUCCAUGAUGGAACCCCAUCUGGCUGAUAUGAGCUUUGUGUUGCAAACGAAAAGCCACUCCAACAUAAAUGAUCUCUGCAGGAGAUGUUGACGGUGCACACAUACCAGGGACUGCACCAACCUGUAUAUGUAAGAAUAUAGGCUAUAGACGCAAUAACGUAAUGGACAACAGCUGCAAGCGUGUGCGUCUGAUAGAGACGUGUGUGUGUGUGUGUGUGUGUGUGUGAGAGUGUGUGUCCUCGUGAGUGUAUUAAACAUGGGCAAUAGCAAAGCAUUGGUGCUUCCAUCCAUGUAAAUGAGCUAAUGUACAAAAUGUAAAACACCAAGGCAAUAGGCUGUGCGGCGUGUUGUUUGAUUUGGCCCACGACAAUCCUCCCCUUCACUUUAUGUGAUACCAUCAAAAGAUCUGCAAUAUUCUAUCAGAAACAGAUGAUCUAUGUCAAUAACCCCAACCCUGCGUCCAGCUCAUGAGUCACAUGUUCUAUUGAACUGGUGCUUUUCUUUUCUGAUGAAUUAGGCAAAUGCACAGGUGAUUCCUGUACAGUGGUGUGUAUGUGCAGUAUGAGUAAUUGCGGCGGUGAGUAACUUUGAUCAGUCACUCCAUCGCCAACAUGUCCCCCCACCCCCCCCAUAUGUGUGCCCCUCAACAUCCUACAUCUUCUCAGUGUUUUUAAACUUUUUAUGACGCUACAAUGAAGGUAUAACCUAGUAUCAUCUGCAAUGAUGUUUAUACUGUUUUUGAUCUUUCUUUUGCUGUUUUGUGUGAAUAUAUCUGAAUAUUACAGCUUAGACAUAUGGUAAUAAUUGUGAAGUACUAUCAAUUCAAUGGCUUCCUCUUUAUCAAUCAGAUUGAUAUUGACUGAAACACCAAUAUUGGCCCAACACUGCUGAUUAGCCGGAGAGAUGAGGCUGCAAAUGGGAGGCAAUGGAGCAUUGGAAACUGUGGAUACUUGUCAUGUCACUCCAUGGCCUUUUAAAUACACACGUGUGUACGCAUGCACGCACACACACACAAACACACACUAUUAUAAUAUAGAUGUCUUGCCUGCUUGGAUAAACUACCUUCACCUACAUUGUCCUUUUAGCUACAGUACAGUAUAACCCUGCAGCCCCCCCACAAACCCCCCUCCAGCUGGUAUUUGUUUUGCAAGUUGUCACAUUUAAUGGAUAGGUUCAGAUUUUUACUCGUCCGUCUCGAUACAUCACAUAAUUCCAUCCCUCUUCUUCUGUGAUAUAGAGAUGUUGUCAAAAUCUACAAGGCGAGAGCUGUUCAAAAAUACAUUCCAAAGUUCAGCUGUAGCUCAGAUGAGGCUUCAGCAGCCAGUUGUUACUCACCUGGGUUUAGGUGGAAUUGGAUUUUAUUAGGUGCUGUGAUGGAGUGCCCAGGUGGUUCUGUUGCAGGGGCUGGCAGCAGGCAGUCAUAUUAGCUUUGAAAACGUGAUAAGUGGAUCAAAUCUAAGAUGUUCUUUGUUUCUUCUCUACCCUGUGGUGUCCUAAAUAACUUGAUUUGAUUUGAAAUUCUCAUGCUACUGCUUAUUUGGUUACAUCUGAGUGGCACACAGUAACUAGAUUACUACAUGAAAGAAACAUAAAUGUCAUAUUUCCAUCAUACUUUCCUCAUGCUUUUCCAGAGUUUGGGUUGGAAUUAACGGCACCGCACUGGAGAACUGUUACCACCAACUGUUCUUAAUCUGGUUGCAGCCCUGGUUGUGCUGAUUUUCCAAAAACCAUUGCAUGGAAACGUUGCUGCUGAAUAUUAAAUUUGACUAAUCUUUUGAAUGCAUUUGUCACAGAACAAGGACUGUGGAUUUUGUCCUCUAUCCUAACUCUUAUCCUGAGUAACUUAUCUUUUAAAGUAGGAAAAGCAAAGAUAUACAAUUGGAGUUUUAAAACACAUUAUCAUAAAUGUGGGCCAGUCUUGCUUUUUUUGACCACAGAGAGCAGCGGCUUUGGGGCAAAACUUUAUAAUUAUGGGAUAAACUCUCCCCAAUAGUGUUUUGAAAAUGCACUUUAAAGAUAAAUCACUUAGCCCUUACAUUCCAGCCUGUAUGUCAGUUUUAAGCACUUCCUUUGCCCUUAUUGAUCAAAUUAAAUAUAUAUAGGUUUUCCUGGUCUCAAAAAUUUGAAGCCCACUGUAUAUGCAACACAUAGGCACCCUUGCUUUGCCUUAGGCAGAGUCAACCAGCCCCUCUUACAAAUGUUAAUAUUCUACCCGGUUUUGAACCGUGUGCACAGAUUGAGGAGAGCUUGUAGAAAUGCUGUUCUCGAACUUAUCUCGUGGCUUUCCAGUGUCGUCCCCAGGCUGUGAUUGUGCAGCGCAAAAAAAAAAGAAAUGGGGAGGAGAGGUGGCGGGUAAUGCCAGUAAAGCGGCGUGACAGUACACACUAAAUACCAUCGAACUGUACCCAGCCUUGCGUGGCUUUAAGGGAUUGCCGACAGUAUUAGCAACUAAAUAAUUAUUUUUGGUGAGCCACCCCCCACACACACACACACACACACACACACACACACACACACACACACACUAACGCCUGUCCCCCACAACCACCCCAACGACACUCUUACUUCUGUGGAGCUCUGUCAGCCUGCAGUCUUGUGUAAAACUUUGGAUUCCUGAGUGGGCCGAGUUCUUAAUGGCACUCGGUCCAACCCUUGAAUGUUCCACAUGUAUUUCAUAUAAAGUCCAGUGAAGGGAAAGACUGUGUGACAUUGCACAUUUAGCACUGUGAGAAGAGACAUUAGAAAAUCAACACAAAUGUCAAAGGUGGAGAUUGAAGAAGCAAUGACACACUUUGUAUGAAGUGAAACACAGAUGCUUCCAUCAUGUUUGUAUACAGGGUUGCAAAUGUCCUCUUACUGCUAUCAAAGAGAAGUCGUAUAUGGAUAUACAUAUAUGAUGAAUAUAAAUAUGAGAUAUUUUUGGCAUUCUUUAUCAUGUGGAUAGAAGGGGCGUCGGUUGAGAAACAUCCAGCCUGCAUCCUCGCUGUGCUGAGCAAAGAAUUUAUGUUUCAACAAGGCUUCUCUCUCGUUUUAUUUUUCUUCUUGUAUGCUGCACUGACAAAUUCACCAUUUUGACAUGUGGUUUGGAAAACAGAAGUGUCAUCAGUCACUUCAUCAAUUGAAACAAUAUAUUAUACAGUAGAAUAGCUGUUGCAUUUAUUUGGUACAACCUGUAUGUAAUGUUAUUAUGGAAGAUGUAAUGUCCUUCUGUAAAUGUUGUUUAAUGUUGUUUUACCUGAAAUAAAAUUGAUUAUAUGAUUCA